CCGCGGGCGGUCCCGGAGGCGCGGGCAGCGUGGGAACCGGCGGCAGGAUGUGUGACCGGAACGGCGGGCGGCGGCUGCGGCAGUGGCUGAUCGAACAGAUCGACAGCAGCAUGUACCCGGGGCUGAUCUGGGAAAAUGAUGAGAAGACCAUGUUCCGAAUCCCCUGGAAGCACGCCGGCAAGCAGGAUUACAAUCAGGAGGUGGAUGCUUCCAUCUUCAAGGCCUGGGCAGUUUUUAAAGGGAAGUUUAAAGAGGGAGACAAAGCUGAACCAGCCACGUGGAAGACGAGGUUACGCUGUGCUCUGAACAAGAGCCCAGAUUUUGAAGAAGUGACUGACCGGUCCCAGCUGGACAUUUCCGAGCCAUAUAAAGUUUACCGAAUUGUCCCCGAGGAAGAGCAAAAAUGCAAGCUGGGCGUGGCACCUGCAGGCUGCAUGAGCGAAGUCCCCGAGAUGGAGUGUGGCCGCUCAGAGAUUGAGGAGCUGAUCAAGGAACCUUCUGUGGAUGAGUACAUGGGUAUGACCAAGAGGAGCCCAUCCCCGCCAGAGGCCUGCAGGAGCCAGGUCCUCCCUGACUGGUGGGCCCAGCAGCCCAGUGCAGGACUGCCACUGGUGACCGGAUAUGCCGCCUAUGACACACACCAUUCAGCUUUCUCCCAGAUGGUCAUCAGCUUCUACUACGGGGGCAAGCUGGUGGGCCAGGCCACCACCACCUGCCUUGAAGGCUGCCGUCUCUCCCUGAGCCAGCCGGGGCUGCCUAAGUUGUAUGGGCCCGAUGGCCUGGAGCCCGUGUGCUUCCCGACUGCGGACACCAUCCCCAGUGAGCGGCAGAGGCAGGUGACCCGGAAGCUGUUUGGGCACCUGGAACGUGGCGUGCUACUGCAUAGCAACCGCAAGGGCGUGUUCGUGAAGCGGCUGUGCCAGGGCCGCGUGUUCUGCAGUGGCAACGCGGUGGUGUGCAAGGGCAGGCCCAACAAGCUAGAGAGGGAUGAGGUGGUGCAGGUCUUUGACACCAACCAGUUCAUCCGAGAGCUGCAGCAAUUCUAUGCCACCCAGAGCCGCCUACCCGACAGCAGGGUGGUCCUGUGCUUCGGGGAGGAGUUUCCGGACACUGUGCCCUUGCGCUCCAAACUCAUUCUGGUGCAGGUAGAACAGCUGUAUGCCAGACAGCUGGUGGAGGAAGCGGGCAAGAGCUGCGGUGCUGGCUCCCUGAUGCCAGCCCUGGAGGAGCCCCAGCCGGACCAGGCUUUCCGCAUGUUUCCGGAUAUCUGUACCUCACACCAGAGACCCUUUUUCAGAGAAAAUCAACAGAUCACCGUCUAAGCCUCAGUCAGGGCACCCCACCUCACCUGAGCUCAAGCUUCAAGAGUCUGUGACUAAGAGAAUUCCGAAAGGAUGUGCGUGGACCCCUCUGACUGGGGUGGGCGGGUGUCCUCCAAGGGGACUCCGGAAGCCCACAGAAGGGUGUGCUCCUGCUCAGGCAGGUGUCAGAAGCUUGCAGGGGCUGUGGCCACAACCUGUGAUUAAAGCAUUCCUUUCCUGUGUUUCCCCCUUCACCAUUAAUGGCUGGCCUUUCUGUGUGCCGAGGUCAAAUCCUCUGGUGGCAGCAGACUCGCCUUUGCCCUUCUGCGGCCGAGGGUGGAGAUUUAUGACUUUCUCUGCUUGAUUGGAGAAGAGUCUUUACUCUUCAGCUUCUUUUCUUUUUGGCCAGAACUCUGAAAAAAACUCUUUUAAAGACAACAUUUGUAUUCUCACAGGCUCAGCUGUCAAUCACUUGAGACCUUUCCUGUAAAGUGGGGCAGAUUUUAAAUAUGGGUGUAGAUACUGCUUGCAGCCUUCACAGGAAUUUUGGUUGUGGUUCAUUGAUUCACAUAGACUCUGUGUCAGCUGCCAGGGCUGUGUGGGGCAUCAAAGGACCAGGCACCGUGGAGAAGACCCAUUCGCUGGCAUCUCACCCUUCCCUUGUCCAGCUCCACACCCAGUCCUAAGACCCAGUGAAAAGCCACGUCCAAACUGUGCUCUGGGCUCAGCAGUGCCCACCCACGUACCAGGGAAAGGCACACACCCUACCCAGUGGGCACAGAGCAGAAUGUUCCCCUAUCGCACCAUUUGCACCCCCAAUCUGGCUGUCCAACCUAGUUUGUAAGUAAUCUAAAUCAGUGACUGUAGCCCGGCCUAAGGGAUACUUCCCGGAGGAGGGAGCCACUGCAAAGGAGUUAGUUUGGCGGUCAGUACACAACAGGGGCAGAAAGCCAAGCAGAUGUGGGGGCUUUUGUCUGAGAGAAGGAGAGCUUCUCCGUUUGUUCAACUUUGUAACAAGCUGGGUUACAUGUUACAGCCUAAGGUGCUCUGCAUUCCCUGGGGAACUGCAGGAAAGCCUUACCUGUUUACUGUUGCUCUGGGGGAAAGCCUGAGGAUGCAGAAAAACCUGAGGGUCCAGGGCAGCUACAAGCUACAGGCCAUACCUUACAACCUGAAAAGCUAAGGACCACGGUGACCUUCCUGGCUACUGUGUGAAGGUGCUGGGUGGGGCCUGCUCAACAGACAGGGUCGAUGGAGUGUGUGAUACAUGCAAACAGAAUCCUCGGAGUGUGUGAUACAUGCAAACAGAAUCCUGGGCCCCCGCUUCUCCCCCCCUUAGCCAAAGCAGGAGCAUCUCUUCCGAAGCCAGGACAACCUGUUCACUGGCCCCUUGUCACAUGUCACCUUCCACCUGCCUCAAGGAGUGCUAGUGUCCAAAUAUUUAUUUUUGUAUUCUCUUAAGAAGUAUUGAUUUCAUCCUUUAUUAAAAAAAGUUGUUCUUUCACAAAAGUAA